UCCUGGCAAUCCAUUUUACGGCCACUUCUAGCUUCAUUGGAGAAACACGCUCUGCCUGUUCCAAGAUGAUGAGAAAGGGAAGACCAAAGACACAUGGGUCAUCUACUGAACUCAGUGAGGUGACAGAGGUCUUGAAACUGAAGCGAGAGAUCGGACUGACCAGCGCUGUGUCAUUAAUUGCUGGGACGAUGAUUGGCUCAGGAAUUUUUAUGUCCCCCGAGUGGGUACUGCGUAACAUUGGUAGCCCCGGGGGUAGUCUCAUUAUCUGGACAGCCUGUGGCUUGCUGGCUACUUUUGGGGCAUUGUCAUAUGCUGAAUUGGGAACAUUAAUUAAAGAGUCUGGGGGUGAAUACAUCUACAUUCUGAGGAACUUUGGCUCUUUCCCUGCUUUUCUUUUCGUAUUCACUUCUGUCAUUGUGGUGAGACCUGCCAGUGUGGCAGCCGUCUCUUUGAGCUUUGCUGAAUAUGCUGUAGCCCCCUUUUAUCCAGGCUGCUCUUCACCUCAGCUGGCAGUCAAAUGCACAGCCAUGGUCUGCAUCCUACUUUUAACUUUGGUCAACUGUCUCAGCGUGAAGCUAGCCACUUCCGUUAUGAACGUAUUCACCGUGGCCAAACUGUUGGCCUUGCUGAUCAUCAUACUGGGAGGAAUUGCAUUGCUGGUUCAGGGCCACACACAGAGUUUUCAAAAUGCCUUCCAGAACACAAAAACAGGGGCUGGGAUCAUUGGUAUUGCAUUUUAUCAAGGGCUUUGGUCUUUCGAUGGAUGGAACAACCUGAAUUAUGUGACUGAGGAAAUUAAGAAGCCUGAAGUGAACUUGCCAAGGGCAAUGAUGAUUGCUAUUCCCCUGGUUACCUUCUUCUACUUGUUAGUAAAUGUGAGCUAUUUUGCAGCCAUGACUCCUGCUGAGCUUCUGUCUUCAGGUGGUGUGGCCAUUACUUGGGGAAAUAAGGUCCUAGGCAGCUGGGCAUGGCUGAUGUCAUUGUCAGUGGCACUUUCUACAUUUGGAUCAGCAAAUGGAACAUUCUUCAGUGGAGGCCGUGUGUGCUAUAUUGCAGCAAGGGAAGGUCAUAUGCCAGGCAUUCUAUCUAUGGCUCAUGUAAAGUGCCUCACACCUUCACCUGCUCUCAUAUUUACUUCACUGGUGUCUUUCAUUAUGGUUAUACCUGGAAAUUUCAGUCAAAUAGUUAACCUUUUCAGUUUUACAGCUUGGCUUUUCUAUGGGACAACUGUUACUGGUCUCCUCUAUUUAAAGAUUAAGAAACCAGAAUUGCCCAGAUCUUAUAAGGUACCAAUCAUCAUACCUGUAGUUUUUCUGUUGACUUCUACAUACCUGGUGCUUGCACCAAUCAUUGACCAGCCCCAGAUUGAAUUCCUUUACAUCAUCCUAUUCAUUCUCAGUGGUGUCAUCUUCUAUUUCCCCUUGGUUCGAUACAAGUACCACCCUGCCUGCUUGCAAAAGUUGACUUUGCAUCUGCAACUGCUUCUGGAUGUUGCUCCAACUGAAAAGGACAAGGACUGA